AUGCGACGAUGGCUUCCGUUUUCCCCACGCCGUUUUCUUGCGUGGCAUUGCGCGAAUCACGCCGUCAGGGGGGCCCACGUCGACCGCGCCUCGCGGAAUGAACUUCCCCGUCGCCGGCAGAUCGCCCCUGGAUAUCAUUUCAACUGGAGGGAUGAGGUGAAACGUUCGGGGAGCCCGCUUAACGAUAUAUCCCCGGCGAUGGGAGAUCUUAGUCGGACGGAGGAGCAUCGGCAGCGAGUCGCGGGCUGGACUCCCGUCGUGAAGCUCUUGAGCGAUCAGCGCCUCCGUGUUGCCAUCAUUGGCCGGAUGAAUGGCGGGAAAUCAUCGCUGUUUAACCUCCUGUGCAGGGAUCCUACCGUUCCCAAGAGGAAAAACAUCGUGAAGGACUUUGAAGGCAUCACACGGGAUUCCGUUGAGGGCUAUGCCGUGCUGAACGACAUGCACUUCACCGUCAUCGACACACCGGGUUUUGUGAAUGGGAGUAUUGUCGAGGAGUCUUUUCGGACGAUUGAGACGGCAGACGCCAUCAUAUUUGUGGCGGCUGUUGACCAAGAUAUCACAGACGAGGAGUACCGAUUGGCGCAGUUUAUUGCGCUAAAGCAGGUGCCAGCUUUUCUGGUGGUGAAUAAAAUGGACCUCGUGCCGAUGGAGCGUGAGGAGGAGGUCCUGGAAAGCUACCGAGAACUGAGUAUGGGCAAUGCGAUCCCGCUAUCAACACGACGACGGGAGGGGCUCGACCUUAUUGCGGCCGUCAUCGAACCGCUGUAUCACAUCCACACCAUGUACAAGGUGGAGAACGAUUGGGAUAUUGAGGAUCUCGCGAUGCAGGGCGACGAGAGCGCCAUGGAAGAGAUCCAAGAACGCAACUGCACCGAUCGAUUCAUUCGCGUCGCCAUUGUGGGUCGCACGAAUAGUGGGAAGACGAGUCUGAUCAACCGACUCCUUGGCUUCGAGCGAAACCGCGCGGCGGAGGAGGCGAACACCACGCGGGAUCCUAUUGAGCUACCGUGCAUGUACAAGGGCCGGAAACUGAAGCUCAUCGACACGGCCGGCCUCACGCGGCACCGCUACCAGGUCGACCGCGAGUUUCUCAGCCGCCUUCACGAGCUCACGAUCAACGAGAUCCGCUACGCGCACGUGGUGGUGGUUGUCUUCGACGCGACGGAGGGGCACCCGAAUAAGUACGACAUGGCGAUCCUCCACCGCGCCGCGGAGGAAGGGCGGCCCUUCGUGCUCUGCGCGAACAAAUGGGAUGCGGUGCUCGACCAGGCCGCCACCGCCGAGGCCGUCGACUUCAAAAUUAAGCGGCAGGCGCGGGAGGUGAAGUACGGCAGCGCGGUCGUCGUCUCCGCGCGGGAUGGGCUCAACCUGACGCUGCUCCUCGACCACGCCGUGGGGCUGUACGACCGGUGGAACCGCCACAUUGGGAGGGGGGAUCUGACGCGAUUCUGGCGGCGGAUGGAGCGCUCCGUGAUCAUUCCUCAUCAUGUUUCCCGCAUCGGGCGGAUCACGCAGGUCAACACCCGUCCCCCCACCUUCCGUUUGCAGCUUCAAACGAAGGAUGACGGCAACCUCCUCCCGAAGGCGAUGCAGGAGAUGCUGAAGAACGCGCUGAUUGAGGAGUACGACUUUAAAGGGGUUCCCAUCCGCCUCAUCCAAGAUGUGCGGGACUCGAACCCGGAUUACAUUUAA